AGUUGUACGAUUGGUGAACAACGAAUUUGCAGCCUCGAACUCGUGCAGCUGCCCGCUCGCCAGCAUGCCUGCUGCAAAGGAGGCGAGCCGUCACACAAAAGCAAGAUGGAGGAUCUCACAGUCGAAGUAUGCGGCGAAAACGGAGCAUAUUAUAAGGCCUUUGUCACAGACGUCUUUGAAGACGAGGUUCUGGUAACGUUUGAAAAUGAUUGGCAACCGGAAUCAAAAUUUCCAUUUGCUCAAGUACGUCUACCUCCAACAGAUGGUCAGAAACCUGAAUUUUCUGAAAACAUGGAGAUUGAGGUAUUUUCUAGGUCCAAUGAGCACGAAGCAUGUGGAUGGUGGAAAGCUAUCAUUAAGAUGAGUAAAGGAGGUUUUCAAGUAGUUGAAUAUUCGGGAUGGGAAUGCUCUUAUACUGAAAUUGUAGCUAGUGAACGACUGAGGGCAAAAAAUCCUAAUCCCCCUAUUGAUAAAAAUACAUUUCACAAGAUCGAAAUAGAAGUACCUGAAGAUCUAAGAGAAUUUGCCAAAAUGGAAAAUGCACACAAGGAAUUUCAAAAAGCGAUAGGGGCGGCAGUGUGCCGAUAUGUGCCUGAACGGGGAGUAUUGCUGGCCAUCUCCCGUCAUGAAAAUUUACAUCGUCACAGUAGCAUGCUCCAAGAAAUGCACUUCAGAAACUUAUCGCAAAAAGUAUUGCUUUUGAAAAGAACAGAAGAAGCAGCACGUCAACUUGAGUCAACUAAACUUCAAACAAUUGGGGGCAAAUUUAGAUCUUCAAACUUUAUAUAUCAGCGUGUCUCAGACUUUGAGGCAGGAGUGAAAACAAAUUCAAGAUACACAGAUGAAUUCAAUGUUCGAGAAGACUUGAUGGGAUUAGCUAUUGGUGCACAUGGUGCAAAUAUCCAACAGGCAAGAAAGGUCGACGGAAUUACAAAUAUAGAAUUAGAAGAAAAUUCAUGCACAUUUAAAAUAUAUGGAGAGACACACGAAGCUGUUAAAAAAGCUCGUUCUUUGCUUGAAUAUAGUGAAGAAUCUAUACAAGUACCACGUGUUUUGGUAGGCAAAGUAAUUGGGAAAAAUGGUCGUAUAAUACAAGAAAUUGUCGAUAAAAGUGGUGUGGUACGAGUUAAAAUAGAAGGAGACAACGAACCUCAACCAACGAUUCCGAGAGAAGAGGGUCAGGUGCCCUUUGUGUUUGUUGGUACUGUUGAAAGUAUCGCUAAUGCCAAAAUGUUAUUGGAAUAUCAUUUGGCACAUUUGAAGGAAGUAGAACAGUUGCGUCAAGAAAAGUUAGAAAUUGACCAACAAUUAAGAAAUAUGCAUGGAUCGACAACAGGACCAAUGCCCAACUUUCCUCCCACAAGACGGGGUAUGAUCACAGGCCCAGAAGAAGCUGGUGGAGCACGUGGAGGCCGUGGCGGUCAGUCGCGCGGACGUGGUGGCAGGGGUAGGGCUCCCACCAGACACAAUGCCGGAUUACGUCGAGAUACAUUAGACGGUAGUGAAGAUCGAGUAAGGGAUCUGCCUCCAAGAGGUGGUCAUCAAGGAGGUGCAGGCAAUUCAGGGUACAUGGGUGGUAGACAAGGUCGUCCUCCAACUCAACGUAGAGAUCGUAGAGAUGAACGUCGUCGAACAACCGAUGAUGAAGAUACUGUUCUCGAUAGUCAAGACGUUUCAAGCAUUGACAGAGAAUCUGUAUCAAGUGUGGAGGGAGGACCUAAAGGCAUGAGGCGAAGACGACUUCGACGUUCUCGACAACGUAGUUCUACACCAACAAAUAAUCAAAAAGGCAGCAAUGCUGGCCCAGGAGAUCAAUCAACUGUAACUAGUAAAGAAGGAACACCAGCAAAUGACGUUUCUACUACUAACAACAGUUCCCAAGGGCCUAAAGGCCAAAGAGAAUUACGAUCUCGUCAUCCUCGUAUGCAACAGAGCAAUAAGCCUAAGGAAGCUCUGGUUAAUGGUACCAGUGGCUAAAUAACCAUUAUGGUCGACAACUGCUACUUACAUAUAACACUACACCUGAUGAGCUAUUAACACCCAGCACAUAACAUGACGCAUACCUACGCAAGGACUACACGAUUAUGGAUCGCGACAUGAUUAGUCUACGCUCGUUGUUAAGACUGUUUGCUACCGAUAAGAAUAUGACAAUUGUUUAAGAAAUCGUCAUUCUCCUUAAACACAUUUAAGGACACAUAUUAAUAUCCAUGCAUGGUUUAGUUUAAUGAUAGUAAUUAUGCUAUCAUGUUUGAUAUAUGGAUACAUUCAUUGGGAGAUAGUAGAAGCAUCUGGUAAAAAGGAAUCCCCUGAUUGUGAAACUGUGCCUCAUUUUUAUACCAAGCUCCCAACUUGUGUGACAGUAAUUCGGAUGUACUAUAAAGUACCUCUUAAUCUUGAGAAAUGAUCUAAUAAUAGGCUGGAUAUUCGUGGCUCGUAUGUCAAUUAUCAAUUUGAAUAAUUUUCGCCUAGAUGUGUCGCUAUAUUCAUGAAAAAAUAACACAAUACGUAUAGAAAUGCAGGAUAUAAUCAAUUUUAAUCGGUUUUUUGUUUUGUUCUUUUUCUUAAUUAUUUCUUUUAUCACUUUUAUCACUGUGAUAAUUGUUAAAAAGUAAUAAGAAAAAAUGUUAACAUAUUUUAAUGUAUGUUACAAGCAAAAGUACGUAUCUUGUGUUAUUUUAUGUUCAUAUCUAAAAGAAAUAGAAAAA